GACCCACCCACUCACUCACCGCAAAACAAGUCUCAAGUCUACUAGUGCCAUACACCACGCACGCUGAGACUGUCGCAUCGCAUGAGCUGCUGGGCCGUGCUGUACCCGCCGCUGCCGCUGCCGCUGUCCCCCCAACCGCCGCUGCCGCCAUCCGACGCCAUGGCCGUCGCGAGCGUGCACGCGCUGCCGCCGCCAGCGCCGAGCAACGCAAUGGACAUGCCCUCGUUCUUCAGCACGCCUGAUUCGACCCCGUCGACAUCCGCGCCAGCGCAGUUCGCCUGCCCCCUGUGCGGGCUGCUGUCCACCUGCCCCAUGUGCUGGAACCGCCAGCUGAGCCUGCUCCACCCGUCGGCGAGCACUGGCUCGUGA